AUGGGCCCCUCGCCGGCCCUCAUCAGUCACAUCCAGACCGCGGGCGUGCGCGCUCUGGAGUUGCUGGCGCUGCGGCAGUCGAUCAUCUCGGGGGUGCCGUCGUGCCCCGCGGUGUCGCUGGCGUGCCCGCCGGCGAACCUGACCUGCCCGCCGCAGGUCUGCCCCGCGCUGACGUGCUCACCGCCGCCCUGCCCUCCCCCAGCGUGCCCGGCGCCGCUGGUCAACCUCUCCUGCCCGCCUGCAGGAGGGAUCGUGGGCGCCGGCGAGUUCGACUCACCCUCGGCGUGCUGGGGGACUCUCGCAGGGAUCGCGGCUGGGCUGGGGCUCGGCCGCGGGGAGUGGUGCGCUGACUUGGCGGUCGGCACCCUGGUCCGGGUCUCCUACACCGGGGAGACCAUGGACCACACGAGGGUCGUGCUGUGGCCCAGUCGCCGCCUGGACCAGAGGCGGCGGGUGCGGGGGCGGCACGCCUACUGGGUGCUCUCCGCGGACGGCGACGUCUGGGAGGAGGACCUGAGCGGGAGGAAUGCGGCGACCGGACCGUCGGGCGGGUCGCUGCUGGACCAGGCGACUGGGGAUCCGCCCGACGGCCGCCGCCUCUAUCGGUUCCGUGCGCGGCCCAGCCUGGACGAGGUCGUGGAGCAGGCGGCGGAGUGCCGAGCCACGAUGCUCAGGCGUGGGCAGGCCGAGUCGGAGGCGCCGACGAGAGUGGUGCUGGCCGACGGGGCGGUGCGCCCCGGCCACGACCACUUCCCGUGGCUCGUGGCCCCGCGCCCCUGGGUGCUGACGGAGCCGCUCCCUGGCAUGCCAAUCGGGACCGUGGUGGAUCCGCUCCCGGUGGGGGCGUUGCGCGACGGGAGCCGGGCCCUCGGCUUGCUGCCGAGCUGCGGCCGCUGGGCGAGGCUCGAGCAGGUGGACGAGGGCCAGAUCGUCGAGUGGGCUGCCAAGAGGACGAAGGAGCUGCUGCUCGACCUCGGCGCGGAGCCCGACGCCAUGGGCACCGCGGAGCCGGUCGGCGGGACUGAGACCCCGCCGCUGGGGCGAGAGGCUCGCUCGGCCGGAGGCGACCGCCUGGGCGAGAAGCUGGGGCUAGCCGCCGAGGAGCCCGCCGAGUCGGCCGCAGGGAAGAACGACGCCUACGGCGACGCGCGCACGCUGUGGGUCGACUGGGACGAGCAGGGCGAACGCAGGAAGGAGUUCAAGCGAGCGGUGGCUGAGAGCUCGGAUGUGAAGUGGGACCAUCAUAGGCUGCCCGCCGAUCGCACCUGCCUCCACACGUGCAAGAUGAUGGUGAACUUGAGCGGGUCCCCACGCGCGUGGCUGGAGCGCUUUCUCAGGGAGAAGGGGAUAGCUUCUACGGAUCGAGUCGCGCACGAACUCCGAGUGUUGUGCGACAUCUUGGAGGAAGCUGGAGAGUUUGACCAGAUCAACCUCGGAGGACUGGCCUGCUUGGAAGUGGCCGCCCUCCGGCUGAACCUGCUGGUGGACGCGCACAAGAGCGGGUCGGCCUCGUACUCGAACGCGAAGUACCUCUCGCCGCUGACCGAGGUGGACCAGUUGAUGGCUCCUGGCUUGCGGUCUCACGUGUCGAGGCGCGCCAAGGAGGAGUACGAGCUGAUGCAGGGCGACAAGAGGGCCGAGGCGGUCGCUGCUGGUGCGGCUGGCGCGCGGGUUCCACCGCGCGAGGGGGCCGAUGAUGCGGCCAAGGGUGGCAAGGGCGGCGGCGGGGGCGGCCGGGGUAAUAAGGCCCGGGCGCGCAUGACGGACCAGUCUCAGCCGGCGGAGUGGGCCCCUGCCGGCUGGGCUAACACAUCGGCCCGGCGAGCGCCUCUGGCCCUGGCGAGCGGGGAUAGGGACCUCUUCCCCCUCCCUCGCCUGGCCAGGCCGCCCGCCAGCAGGGGCGGCAGCCGCGCCCGGAUUGCUGGCGCUCGGCGGCGGCGCGAGCACGAAUUGGUGAACGGCGCGAUCGACUCUCUCAACUGGCUUGCUGGAUGGGAGCCUGACGACGUGGGCCCGCCGCGCUCCCUGGACGCCAUGGGGGGCAAGCAUGCUGGGAUCGUACAGUGGGUGGCCAGCGAAGCUCUUCGGCGCCAAGCCGCAGCUCCCAACCCCUGUCCGUCCCAAGAGGCAUCGCUCAGUGCGUUGCUCAAGGGGUGCUCGAUCUACGACACGUCGGGCUCCCCGAGGAACCUGGCCUCCUUCGUCCGCGAGCGCGUGUCCUUGCCCCCUUCGGUUGUCGGCUGCUUCCAGGUGGACGAUAUCGUGGGCGAGGCCGGCCGCACCUACCUGAAGGAGAAUCAAAAGCGUAUGAGGCGGCCGAUCGAGGAGAUCGAUUUUGACAACUUGCCGACUCCCUAUUUUGACCCGCUGCUGAAGCGGAACAAGAAGAUGUACCACAACUUUUUGAAGGACCUCUCGUCCCGCGGGCUCUUGCUUGCCACCUUGUCUCCCGCAGAGCAGGCUGGCCUGUUCUUCGUGAAGAAGGCCGACAGCGACAAGAUGCGCAUGAUCGUGGAUGCGCGUCGGGCGAACGCGUGGUUCGGCGUGCCCCCCAGCGUCCAGCUCCUGUCGUGCGAGGGGUUCGGCAGGGUGGAGGUGAAGCUCCCAGAGGGCGUCGCCUUCGGCUCGGCGCGGGGCGAGGAGCUGCUGAACGGCUUCAAGCUCUUCUUGGGCAUGACGGACGUCAAGGACUGCUUCUACAGGAUGCGCAUCCCGGUGAGCCUGGCGAAGUUCUUCUCGCUGCCCGCCGCUCCGGCUCACGUCCUGGGCCUGGAGGGGCACGAGCUGGAGGGGACGAGGCUGGGCUGCGACACCCUCGUCUUCCCCUGCAUCGGGGCUCUCCCCAUGGGAUUCUCUUGGUCCCUCUUCCUCGCCCAAGACGCGAACGAGGAGAGGGUGGUCCGGUCUGAUCCGUGGCCAGGGGGAGACGUGGCAAUCUCGGAGCGGGUCCUGAUGAGUUAUCGCGGACCUCCGCUCGUCGUGGAGGUUGAGCCCGGGCUGCACGGGGGUGCCUACGUGUACGUCGACAACAUGGGGGUGCUCGCCCCCUCGGAGGGCCUCGCCAAGAGCGCCCUCGAGAGCUGGACUGGUCUCUUUGAGGGGGUCGGCCUGGACUUGCACAAGAGCUCGGUGGGCUCGGGCGCGAGCGAGGCGCUCGGGACCAAGCUUGACCUCGAGCUGAUGAGGUCGGGCGUGAGCGACGGGCGGUUCUGGAAGGUGUACCUGGGGCUGGGGGGCCUGCUGGCCCGCGGCCGGGCGACAGGGCGCGCCUUGGAGGUGGUGCUGGGCCACUGCACCUUCUGCGGGCUGGCCCUCCGAGGGUCGCUGAGCUGCUGGCACGCCUCGUACCGCUUCAUCCAGCGGCACUACCUGGAGCCUGCCCGCCUGUGGGCAGAAGUCGUGAAGGAGAUCAAGAUGUUCCGCGGGCUGCUCACCCUGAUGGUUCAGGACUGGUGGCGGCCAUGGAACUGCUGCGUGCUCCAGACCGACGCGAGCGAGAGCGGCUGGGGCAUGGCGCAGUCGUUCUGGCCGCAGCACGUGGUGGAGCAGGUCGGCCGGCUGCCUGAGCGAGCCCGCUUUCGUUCGGCGCUGGGCAGGCCGGCGCGAGAGAGCGCGCUCGCUGCCGCCAACCUUGCUCGGGACAGCUCGGGCGCUCUGUGCAGUUUUGCGGAUAUGGAUAAUCCUGACUCUCUUGCGUCUGACCCCCUGUCCUCGUGGGAGCUCGACCCCGGGUUCGCUGAAGUGCCCUGGCAGUGGCUCCGAAAGGGGGCCUGGGAGACCGUCCGGUCCGGGGUCUGGCGUUUUGCUGAGGACAUCCUGAUCCUUGAAGCCAGGGCCCUCGUGAAAUCGAUCCAGCGGCUGGCUAAGACCGCGCACGGGGUCUCGCCGGCGUGCUCGCGCUCGGACCCGAGCGGCGCGAGGGCGAUCGCCAGCCCCGGGGCGCUGGGCCGGGCGCGGAUACUGGCGCCGGCCCCCCUCUUGCCUUCGAAGAAGAGGGCCAGCCAGGCCGGACGGCAUCUUUCGGCCCUCGACGAGAGGGACGCGAACGGGCUGGACCUCGCUGGAGACGCCGGGGAGGACGCCGAGGGCGACAGCAGCUCCAGCGGCUCCGACUCGGUGGUGGAGCAGCUGGGGCGGACUCGGGCCCGAAUGCGGCAGCUGCGCGCGCGGAGGGCGCACCGGCGGGCGAAGCUGUACGCCGAUGCUAUCCUGGCGGCGCAGGGCGAGGGCGUGAGCCUCCUGGAGACCCUGGCGGUGACCCAGGCGACGCAGGUGAGGUACCAGCGAUAUCUCGAUCGUUUCUACUCGCGUGUCGGCCUGAGCCGGAGGCAGAUCCUGGCGAAGCCGGACACGGAGAUCGACGAGCUCAUGUGCAACUACAUGACCGAGAACUACUUGCAGGGCGAGCAGAGCAACUACGGGGACCAGACGGUCGCAGCCUGGGUCAGCGCGAACCCGGACUUCGGUCGCGUGGGAGGUCGCAAGCUGCCGCGGACUUGGCGGGCGCUGAAGGCCUGGCGCAGGCUGACUCCGGGCAGGCGGCGGAAGGCCCUUGCCCUCCCGGUCUGGUGCGGGCUGGCUUGGAGGCUGGCGCAGCGGGGACACCUACGCCUGGGCAUCUUCUUGAUGAUAGGCGUAUCGAUCUAUGGUCGGCCCUCGACCUUGCUGGCCGCCCGGCGGUGCGACCUUGUGCCUCCGUCGCCUGGUGUCAGCAGGCACUGGGCCCUGUUGACCCACCCGCUGGAGCGGAAGAGGCCCAGCAAGCGUGGGCACUUCGACGAGGGCUGCCCCCUGGACUCGCCGUACCUCCAGGGCUUGGACGAGGUGUUCGAGCGGCUGGCCUCGACGACGUCGAAGGAGCCGCUGUGGAACUUCAGCUACCCCGAGGCAGCGACGCUGCUCAAGGAGGCGGCGGAGGACCUCGGGGUGGCCCCAGUGACAUUGUACCAGAUGAGACACUCGGGCGCCAGCGUCGAUUUGGCGAAAGGCUGGCGCAGUCUGACCUCGGCGCAGCGACGCGGGGAGUGGACGCAGGCGAAGUCAAUGCACCGCUACGAGCACAGCAGCAGGCUCGGCAGCGACUAUGCAAAGCUCGACCCCCGGCUGCGCGCGACGUGCGAGGAGGCGGAGAGGCAGCUGGCACUCAUCCUGACGGGCCAGUACCUUGGCGAUCUCUUCGCGGGCUGCCGAGCGGUGUCUCGGGCGGCCGAGGCCGAGGGCUUCCGUGCGAGGAGUUGGGACGUCAUCUAUGAUGCAAAAUGGCAGGACUUGUUGUCGCCGGCCGUGCUGCGGGCGAUCAAAGCUGACGCUCGAGCUGGCCGGCUGGUGGCCGCGACAAUGGCCCCUCCGUGCCAGACUUUUUCCCUCGCGCACGACAGGUCGAGACCUGUGCGCAGCCGCGAGGAGCCAUGGGGCUUCCCCGCCUCCCAGCUGACGCCUGCCGAUGCCGAUGCAGUGGAAUUAGGUCAUUGGCUGGACUCCAUGGGCAAUUCCAUCCUGGUCACCGGCUGUUCCGAGGCGGGCAAGACGCACGAGCUCACCGCGGUGAUCACGCCCCUGGUUGACCACGCGUCCGCACGCGACAAGGCCCUCCAGAUCAAGCGGGACGCCGCCCGCCAGUGGCGCUGUGGCAACGCCAACCUCGAGUGGGUCGACGAGCAGCUCGUGCGGCUCGUGUGGGCCACGGACGACGGGAGGCGGAGCGUCUGGUCUCGCUCCCUGGAGAGCGCCCAGCCCGACGGGGAGUCGGACAGCGGCGGGGACGCCUUCCCGUGGCGGCUGCACGGAGCGGAGCCGGAGCCGUGGCUCCCGCUGGAGACCCCGAGGGACAUCCUCUACGACGGCGCCCGCGUGGCCGCCCUGCUGGACAUCCGGCAGCUGAUCGGCCCGCGCACAGAACCGCAGGAGAGGCUCACGCACAUCCUCAUGGACCACGACCUGCACCCGAACCCCGGCGACUACCUGAUUCCAGGUGCCAACUCGCCACUCUGGCAGACGCUGCAGGUGUCGGACUCUGUGAAGUGCAGCAUCGCGCAGAGGAUACAGCGCAUCCAGUACGAGGCGCUGGCUCAACGCGUGCAGUGGAGCGGCGACAGCGAGGCAGGGACCCUAGCGGACGGGGAGCUCCUGGAGGAAGUUAUGAGAGGCGGGCUGCUGGAGGCGGCCGCCUACGACGACAAGGGUGAGGCGCAAGGGGCAUACAUCCUGGAGGUCAUUUGGGCCGACUGCGCUCCGACAGGGGGCGUUAACGUCAGGGGGAAGUUCCUUGCCGCCGAGGAUGACUACUACGCAUGGUGGAUGCUUUCCAAAAGGUCUCAAGAAGAGAUCUACCACGUGUGCGGCCUCAGUGGGGACGCGUGCCGGAAACGUCACCAGAACCAGGAUAAGAUACACAUCCAGUCGUGGCGGCCACUCGGCCAGAACGACAUAAAAGAAGAUAAAAUCGGGUGGGCUUCUAAGCCAAGCCUGAAAAAGAAGAUCCUUGAAAGGAUCAGUGGCUCCCUGGAGGGGCCCGGGGCCGUGCGGCCCCGCCCCGGCUCCCCGGCAACGCGCCCCGACGGCGACGCGGCUGGUCCUGGCUCUGUGCGCGCGGGCGGCGCUGGAGCUCCGGACGGCGCCCUGUGGGCCAGGGGGGACUACGACCCGACACGGCAGCGUCAGAGAAGGCCGAGGACGACGCUGGCGGGGGGCCGCGGGGGCGCCGUGACGCGGCCCGCGCGGCGCGGGGGGGGCGCUCGCCGGCCGAGCGCGACGACGCUGGCGGAGCGCCGCAGGGCCGCCGUGAGGCGGCCCCCGCCCCGCGGGACGGGCGACCGCGAGCCCGGGAGGAGCGAGUCAAGCUGCAGCGACUCGUGCGAGAUGGGUUUUCACGUGGCCUCGACCUCAGAAGGCGUUCGACAGAAGUCCACGCAGGAACGUCUUAUGCGCUUCGCGCGCAAGCACCCGGGGAGACUGUCCAGGAGCGCCAUGUGGACCAUGGCGCAGAGGGUGACUCCUGGGGGAGAGGCCAACAGCGACAGCGACGACCACAAGAAGGAGCCUCCGGCAGCGGCGUCGGCCUACUUUCUCAGGGUGCUCGAGGUGAAGUACAACCUGUCCAAGCGCAACCGCAACGACAUGGCCCUCAUGUGCAAGCUCCUGGAUCUCCUCGUCCAGAACAAAGCAGACAAGGCAAUGGAUUUCAUAGUCCAGCACCUGAAAGCCGUCGAGCAGUCGGUGGUGGACCAGUCGUGGGAGCGCGCGUGCUUCCUCGAACUCGUCAAGGACGACUCGGCCACGCUCGUCAGCAGGAAGGAGAAGUACAUGAUGCGCAGCGAGACGAAGGCGCAGCAGCAGCUGGCGCUUCGGCCCCAAGGGGGCCAGGGCAAAGGCAGCCAAAGGAGCGGCCACAGGGAGGUCAGCCUGGAGGAGAGCCAGAACGCUGGCAAGGGCAACCCUUUUCAGGGGAAAGGCCCCGCGCACUCCGGCAAGGCCUCAGCGAAGGGGAGCUCCAAAGCGAAGGGGAAGUGGUGGUAG